UGCUAUGGGGCGGGGACUACCAAUCGCCUGCUCGCUUUGUAUUUGCAUGGAACAGUCAACUUUUCCAACGACCACCUGAGCACAUCGAGCGUGCAAAGGUAGACGAAAACAGGGAGGGGCGCAGCAAUUUAGACCAUGCUCUAGAUGGGGGGGGGAUGGGAGGUGAUAAAUGACUGGGAAAGGAGAAGGAUGUUGAAAGUAGAUUGGUUAAUCCAACGUUUCCGGGCGCUUCUGGGCGCUUCCAACUGCCGCUCAGGAUGCUUCACGCUGCUGGUGGUCUUGAGUUUAUCUUUGCUGAUGUAUCCAGUGUUGAGAAUAAUUGGUCUUCAGCUGCAUGCAGCGCUGACCGGCAGCUACAUCUCUGGGUCUCAUUCUGUGGCAUUCGUCAACUGCCCCAAUGAACAGAUUGCAAGAGAUAUUGCAAGGGCGAUUAUGGACCGGAAACUGGCUGCUUGUGUGAACAUCCUCCCCAAAAGUUCAACCAUAUAUAUUUGGAAAGGGGAGAUUGAAGAAGCUACAGAGAUACUUCUGCUAGUGAAAACAAGGACAUCUAAAAUCAGGGAGUUGUCAGACUACAUCAGAUCCAUGCAUCCCUUCGAAACCCCUGAAAUUAUCAGCCUGCUCAUUGACCAAGGAAACCCAGCCUAUCUGAAAUGGAUUGAAGAGAGCGUUCCGUAUGGUUAAUUGGUGUCAUUGGCUGGCCCUUCUCCCAGAUGAUGCUUUGCUCCUUGGCAUGUCUAUGUACAACAGAGAGGUGAGAAGGAAUCUCGUGAGUCUGAAGAGCAUCAGAGGGCAGAAACUGAGCUCAAGAAGCAGCUGGAACUUUGGUGCAAUCCUCUCAAGGUUGGUUUCCAUGAAACGUUUCGUGGAGAUGAUUCCUCAAGGAAAGUCACAGAACGAGCAAGUUGGAAAUGAUCAGCCCUCACAUUCAGAUCUGCUUACAAGAUGGCAUCUAUUACUUGAAAUGCCAGGGGACCAGUACAGGGCAAUCUGGCUGCAACCAAAGGCAUGGUAAAGGUUCUGUACCAGUGGGACUUGACUCUCGCAAUGCUGUUGAGCUAGCUCAUUUAUUUAUUUUUAUUUAGUUAAUUUAUAUUCUGCCCUUUCCGGGAAACGGGCUCAAGGCAGAUGACAACAUAAUAAAACAAUAAUUAAAACUUA